UGUAUCGGAAAACGUGCAAAAUCGGCUACCUUCCAAAUAGUUUUAGUUCUGCCGGGAAGUAUGUCUAAAAUUGUUUGGCGAUUCCUUAUAAAAGUGCAUUCACGUUGGAGGAAGUUGACGUUACUUUUAUUCGAAUAGUGGCAAUAAGGAGUAACGCGUGGGAAUUUACAUCGUUAUGUUGCAGGAACUGGUUGAAUUAGCGAGGCUAAUAUGUUACUAGACAUGGAUAAUCGGUGCCAAAUUCACCAGCAUUAGUCAUCACACAGUCUGCAAAGAACAGCACAAAAUACCGGGUACCAAGCUGUUCUCAUAGCUCAAGAAUAAGAAAUAUUAAAACUAGCGUUCGUAGCCAAAGUCAGCAUGUUCACAUCAGCGCACAAACCAGACAAUCGCCACACAACUUCCGUGAAAAUGAAGUUAGAGCCAGCAAAGGUUCAAGGAGCAGUACGCCAUCAGCAACGAUAUCACACCCACCACAGCUAUCAUCGAAUUCACCAUGCCCGCCCACAUCACAUACUUCAACUAGAGUUACUUCGACAACGCAACAAUCAAAAUUGCCCACAUCGUCAAAUUUGCGUAAACCGGCGAGCCUCCGUAGAAAAUACGAGUUUAUAGUGACAUUGUCUAGUGAAAAGUGUAAAAUAAUUUUGAGAAUGUUGAGAAUUUUCGUGAAUUGUCUUUACCUCGUUACGUUGUAUCCGUUGAGUUUAUUGCCGUUUCGUUUUGUGUCCCUUGAGUCCUUAGAUAGCUACCGUUUUAUGGGUAAUAGUCCUAAAUGUAACGAUCAGAGGUCGGUCAAAAAUCGGACACUCAAUAAUCUCAGAAAUUAUAAAAAUAAUGACAAAACUGAUAGCAUCACUGAUAGUGCUAGCCUAACUAGUAGCGGUUUUAUAACGAACAAAGUCGAUCCCGUCGGAGGACUCAAUAGCAAAAGUGUCAGUUUUAAUUACGUUCAGAAAAGUGAGCCUGGCCCUCAGAUGAAACUUGUAAAUAAGACCAAAACCUAUUUCCCUUCAAGGCAUAAUCAAAAUAUUGGUGGAUUUCAUAAAUGUUCCCACAUUGUAAAUACAGUUCCAACCCCUCUAUCAUCAUCAGUCAAAAUUGUCCAGACAUUCAGAGGCUUAAAACUGAAGAUGACAAACUUUUUAGGCGAGAAGAUACAAUUGCUCACGGAGCAGAUACAUUUUUAUUCAUCCUUAAAUUUAUGUGAUAAUCUUGUAAAUUUUUUAGAAUUUUACACUAAGUCUAGUCAUAGGAGUGUAAAUAGAGCGCCCGCCCAUGGGGACGGAGCAACAAAAUCUCUUAAUAACGAAAAACGAAUGGAAUUUACAAAUGGAAUUGCCGAAUUUAAUCAAAACGCGACUAUACCAACCGAAAGGACUCAAUCAAAAUUAUUACGUUUAUUAAAACCACUCUUUCUCUGGUCGCAUUUUAACCGAUAUUUAUCUACCCAUUUACGUGAAGUCCUGCACGGUUUCGGAUUAUCCCUUGGGGCGGUUAGCAGGCAUGAAAAGCUGUACGGGUGUGCCAGGACUAGCGAUUAUAUCCAGCUGAAUAAUUCAGACGAAACAAAGUGCUAUCGAAAUAUAAUAAAUGAAGUGCAUGAAGUGCACCCGGUUGAAUGGUGGGGGUUGCAACAACACGAGUCCAGAAAAUAUCCAAGCCCCUGUACGCGAUCCGAACAGCAGCCGCGACCCAUAAAACAUGCGAAGUGGCCCGGAGAAAAUAAAACCCAACAUCGGCUAUUUGGAAUUUCAACAAGGACUUUACGGAGUGUAUUUCUGAUAGCCUUCAUUACGUCCGUGCCGCAUAUUUGCGCUUCCUUUCAUCACAACAUUAAGUAUAGUAUGAAUGUGGUGAAAACCAAAUAUGGACCCUUGAGAGGUGUCGUGGUGCGAUCGAAUCCUACGGUGGAGGCAUUUCUGGGAGUACCAUAUGCAUCGCCGCCAGUCGGGAGCUUGAGAUACAUGCCACCCGUGACCCCAUCAACGUGGCGCAACACACGCUUGGCAGAUCGAUUUUCCGCGGUUUGCCCACAAGUUGCUCCCGUUGCGCCAUCCGGUCCAGAAGCGCUUCUUGAAGUACCACGUGGACGUCUUGCCCAACUGCGACGUCUACUUCCGUUGCUUGCGAACCAAUCGGAAGAUUGCCUCUACUUAAAUCUGUAUGUGCCGAGAAUGCUGUAUCCAACACCGCCAUCAUCGUCAGGAACAACAGGCUUUGGUGGUGAUGCAGGAGCAACCGGUCCAGGACUCGGAACGUCAUCGUCAUCAACCGACGGAAUACACAACAUUCCAAACGACUCGCCUGAAGAUAAACCAAUUCCAGCAAUUUUGUACAUUCACGGUGAAUCGUACGAAUGGAACUCAGGAAAUCCCUACGAUGGGUCAGUCCUGGCUGCACAUGGGAAUGUGAUUGUCGUGACUAUAAAUUUUCGAUUAGGUGUUUUAGGAUUCCUGAAGACGGGCGGGAAAGGAAGUGCUCAAGGUAAUUUCGGUUUAAUGGAUUUAGUCGCUGGACUACAUUGGCUCCGUGAGAAUCUUCCGGCCUUUGGUGGCGAUCCCAACAAGGUUACUGUAAUGGGUCAUGGAACAGGCGCUGCAUUGGCCAAUAUAUUAAUCGUGUCGCCAGUUGCUAGUGAUCUGGUUCACCGUGGGGUCUUGCUAAGCGGCUCAGCUCUAUCUCCAUGGGCCAUACAGAAGGAUCCAUUAUUCGUUAAGCGACGUGUUGCCGAGCAAACCGGUUGCCACGGAGACUUACUAGUGGACGAUCUAGCUCCUUGCUUACGGACCAAAUCAAUAGCGGAACUACUAGCUGUUAAGAUCGAUUCGCCAAGAUUCCUUCCGGGAUUUGCACCGUUCAUAGAUGGCACCGUAAUUGUUCAUCCGUCGGGUGGAGCUGCCGGACCAUUGACACUGCCAGCUGGUUCAGCCAUUGCCAGUACUUCGGGAAUUGAAUUAGCGGAUUUUCCAAAUCGUGAACUUAUCUUUGGACUGACUACAAUCGAAUCAUAUUUGGACCUAAGCGCACAAGAUCUGGAAUUCGGUUUCAACGAGACUAGGCGAGAUAGGAUAUUAAGGACAUACGUACGAAACAUCUAUCACUAUCAUUUGAAUGAAAUAUACGCUGCAUUGAAGAAUGAGUAUACUGAUUGGGAGCGACCGGUUAGAAAUCCAAUGGGUUCCAGGGACGCAUCCUUGGAGUUCCUCAGUGAUGGACAUACAGCUGCUCCGCUUAUACGGUUAGGAUAUUUGCACAGUUUACGAGGAGGACGAUCGUACUUUUUACACUUCAGACAUCAGUCUGGCGAACGGGAUUUUCCUCAGAGAGGCGGAUCCGUUCGCGGUGAAGAUGUGCCUUUUUGUCUGGGACUUCCAAUUUCACCAUUGUUCCCGCACAAUUAUACUAAACAAGAUAUUAAAAUAAGUAGAAUAUUGAUACGUUAUCUAACAAAUUUUGCAUUGACCGGUAACCCUAAUGAAAAUCCUACCGCAUCUGUUGACAUAUCGCAUGUAGUUCAUAAUAGUAAAACGGCACUAGUUUCAUCGUCAUUAUCCUUAGCGUCUUCAUUGUCGCCACACUCCUCACCGCCUUCCAUGUCGUUGGUGAGAGAAAGGACUGACGAAACAGAGGACAGGAAGUCCCCAUUAGUGAUAAGCAGUCGAUCCCAAAUCCCGUCGCUGUCAACGUUGUCUUCGUCCUCAGAGUCUGCUUCCAAGCUGUCUAUCGAGGCUUCAUCUCCGUCAGUUAUUCAGAAGCAUGUCCCCAGCCAGCAAUACGCAUCAUCCCUGAUACAGCAUCAAUCUUUAUCAUCUGCCACGUCAUCGAUUUCGACGUCUGUGCUAUCGGCGGCGUCUUCGACAUCUUCGGUGGUAUCAAUUUCGCUCCCAUUGUCAUCAGCCUCGACAGCCGAAACGUUCGUGGUACAAUCUACCGACCAUCGACAAAAGCAACAGUCCUCCUCGUCAUCGUCCUUAUCAUCGACUUCCUCCUCAUCGUAUCAACUCAGUAAAUUCAAAGACACCACAGUUUUCAUUGCACCACCAAUUCACACCGUUAUCAAAUCUAAACGACAUGCAGUUGCUGCCCACCGCCGAAAACGAAAAACUAACAAACGAAUGCCUGGGAUCCAGGAUAAGCAUCUAACGAAGAAAGCUAACAACUAUCGAAAAAAGUUCCUAGCCGAAAACGGUGGAGAUGGAAGUAGUUUUGGUGACAGGAUCCGCAAAAGCUUCCCAGCAUCGUCAUCGUCGUUCCUAGCGGAUGAGGGAGCGGGGGAUAGGCGAAUCAGUCGAGAAUCUGACCCAGGGGAAGACAGCCCCGAGAAUGAGGACGACGAGGACGAGGAGGAAACCAACUCGGACGAGGAGCAUCCUGACCAUGAUGAAGACGACGACGAGGAAAACGAGAACAAUCCAAACUCUCUUAAUAAUAACGACGAUGAUGAGGACAAUAAUUCAAAGAACUCGGAAGACGUUGAUGAAAACGGGGAAGCUGGCGGUGGCAGCGAGAAAUUCGAUCGAUUCGGGAGCAGCGGUAUCAGCACUCCUCCUCGAUUGCCCUUCUGGGAUACCUACGAUGCCAUCAAUCAACUUUACUUGGAGAUGGGUAACAAGGUUGAAGUGCGGAAUCACUAUCGCGGUCAUAAGCUCUCCAUGUGGCUAAGCCUAAUUCCACAGCUUCACUCCCCGGGCGAUUUGGCAGAGCUUCCAAUGCGACACCAUCACUUUAUGGAGGAUAGCGCGCAAUACUACGACGGCAUUAUUCGACCGCAGAUUAUGCAACGCCCAAGUUUUCCAAAGGCUCCGAUUCAGCAGCAAAACAUCAACAGCGGCGGAGGCUCGCACAGGCAAUCACAAUCCAGCGGUACGGGCACAAGGACAACGACAACGAUUCCAAAGACGGAUCAUCCUGGAUUUAAUGUUGGAAUCCCAGCAACUACAGAAUGUCCACCCAACACGACGAUAGUGCCAACCAUUGCGGCCACACGUCCCCAAAAUCAUCAGCAAAAAACCAACAACCCAGGUAGGGAGAGCGGUACAGGAAGUAAUUCGGGGGUAAUAAGUGAUGCAGGAAGCGCAGGCAAUAAACAAGACAACAACCUAUUUCGACGCUUGGCAAGUAGUCAGUUCCAGAGCUAUACGACGGCUCUUACAGUCACUAUAGCAGUGGGAUGUUUCCUGUUGCUUCUUAAUGUCCUCAUUUUCGCCGGUAUAUAUUAUCAACGAGAAAAACGUGCGACCGACGCAAAAAAGAAGGAGCUAUUGCGCGAGGCGGAAAAUCUCUGUACAUCGACCACAAACCUAGAAAAGCUAUCAGGCGGAGAGGGAGCCUACCCCGGGAACGGUGGAGGAGGAAAGAGUAGCAGGAAGUCAAGUCUACAAAGUUUGACAGGAUUCAAUUCGAGCGGAAGUUUCGGCGAGUACAGCUGCUAUGAUGAGAAGAUUCAGUGUAAAGAGAAGCAUGCCUUGGCAGACAUCUGCAGCGUGGAGCUGCCCCUGAAGGAAUUCAAAUCGUCAGGCUCGCCGGCCCAAUCCAACACAGGAAGUCUACGUCGUCAACCUGCCCAGUCAAACCCCGGGUCCAAUCCAUCAUCAAGCAACAUUCUAAUGUACCCUCCGUCAUAUCACCACCAAACACAACCAACAACACAUGGCCACAAGGCAAUGCACCACUAUCCAUCACCCGACCGUCAAGGACGUUCGAACAGUGGCGAACUUGUCACUUACCAGCAAUUUCAAAAGCCUUCAGUGCAUCAGCAUUUCCAUCAAACAGCCCAUCCCCAUCACGGACACCAGUUUCACGCCCAUCAAGGAGCAGGAGCAACAAGUAGUGCAACAGUUGGCACCUCGACGGAACAGUGCAAUCAAUCAACACAAUCGGAACAACCAAAAGUACAAGACGUCGCGACAAGUAUUGAUGAAAGAGCUGUCGGCGGUGGGAGUGGAAGUGAGAAUAAUAGCGAAAGGGGUAGCAGCAGCGGUGGUGGUGGCAGUUCAACAGGCACAACUCUCGCUGCCGGCACUAAUAGUUCAAUUAAUGACGCUGACAAUAUGAUAAGUCCAGGAAUACCAGAACCACCACCCCCGCCGAAAUCCUCUGCACCGUAUCAAGGGGGUAUACUCAGGCAACCCGGUCCUCCGACGACACCCAGUUCGAAUAAGAAACGUGUUCAAAUCCAGGAGAUUUCCGUUUAAGGGUAGUAUGAAUUGUUGAUGUUGUUUGAGUUUUUGUUGAAUGUUGAUUUUAUUGUUUUUAUUGUAAUUUUAGGGAAUAAUGUUUGCUUUAUUAAAUGUUUUACAAUUGUUGAAAGUUUCGGGGGGUUAUGGGGUAGGUGAUAAUUGUCAAUGAAAAUAUAAUAAUUUUGGGGGAUAAAUUGAGGAAGGAAGGACUCUCAGCGACGAUGAACAGAGUGUGGAUGCUCUUGUGAUGGUUUUGAUUACGACAUUACUUUUUUCAUUGCUAAUUAUGUUUUGCCAACAAUUUAACUUCAAAGCUUUUUAUUUUCAUAAAUAUUUUACGUUCACCAUGGUGGAUCCCAUAUCUGUGACAUUAUACCCAAGCGACAGUAAAUUAUUUGAAAUUCCUCUCCUACAUUGAAUUUUCUUUUAAUGAAUCCGUGGUCCAUUUCCGUAGAUACUAUUUCGCAGGGACGACUGUAGUCUAAAAGAGUACUUUCAAGUCGAGUGUUGGUCGUGAUUUUCAAAAUCGGUGUAUCACGAUUGUUGUUGCAUUUGUCAUCCCCUAAUUUGGCUCAGAUCACAAAAUCUUUACCAUCAGAGUAUGGGGUCCAAUAACUACAUUAAUGGCCUCGCUCAAGUCCCUUCUCUUUCCCAUGAGCCUUAGACAUUGGAGUAUAAUAAUGGUGUAGCAGUUCAUUCCAGACAAAUGGAGGCGUCGUCCAAUUCAAAUUGAUGCAAAUGCUUUUAGGAAGGAACCUGAGGGACUGCGUCAGGUUGUAAUUUAAUUCUCCAUGUCUUCACGCGAACUAUCUUUUAAUAUACGAGAGCAUCGUAUAAGUUAGCGACUUUUUUCGGAAUUAUAUCACCGUUGCCAUCAUCCUUUGUACAAUUCCAUUUUAGUGGUUUUGAAGCAGUCACGUGCUUUCCUUCUCCGAAAAAUACAUUCGCUAAGAGAUCCAAAGGGGUCAUUUCCGAGAUGCAUGCUCUCGACGCUAUCAGCCAAUUUUCUUGUCGGUUAGAGUUGUCCAAAAAUCCCGCUCAAACUUUAGCUGAAUAUAAUAGGGUGAAGUUCACCACCCCUGUGGAAAUUAGCUCUUGCCUAUAUUUUGACCCCCUAAGGUUAUCCAUCAUCCUUACUACAGAUUACCUAGCCUUUACUGCCUCCUCUCUCGUGUGGUGCAAAUGUCCUUUGAAUUUUAACUUAACAUCAGACGUCAUCACCAAAUAUAUAAUUAUCGAUUUUUAGAUAUCCUCGUAAUUACCAACUUUGCUGUCUCUUAGUAAUAAGAACCGCCUUUGUUUUUCAUCCGGCAGGCUUAGUUUUACCAUUGGUAACCAUGAUUCAAUGUCGUGCAUGGUUUCUUUGUUACAAAAUCCAACGUCCUCGAUGUAUUUCCCAGUUAUAAUCCUAUCAGAUUGUCUGUAAAGCCUAUCAAUUUU